UUCUGCUUUUAAACCUAUUUAUUGAGGUAUAAAGUGGAUGGAGUUCUUGAAAAGUGGCAUUAAGACCGUCUUAGGCGGCACGGAGCCAGGUCAACAGCCCAGCGCUGCAGAGACGGUUGAAAAGCUUGUGGAUCGGGUUUAUUCCUCUACGCUGCUGGAGGACCGCAGAGAUGCUUGCCGGGCCCUGAAGGCGUUGUCGCGCAAGUACCGCAUCGAAGUCGGCGCCCAGGGCAUGCCGCCUCUCGUGCAGGUCCUCCAAAACGAUGGCCAGGAUACAGAGAUUAUAAGCUAUGCCCUGGACACGCUUUGUAACAUUGUCACCAGCGAGGAGUUCGACGAGGAGGCAGACAACCCCACUGUCUCGGUGAACGUCGGCGGCCAGUUCACGGAGAUGUUCAUAAAGACUCCGGAGAAUGUCACUAUGGUGAUGGGCUAUCUGGAUGAGUACGAUUUCCGGGUGCGGAGGGCCGCCAUUCAGCUGAUCACCUCGCUAAUAUCAAACAAGACUCGAGAGCUGCAGGAUCUUGUCCUCGUAAGCCCUAUGGGGGUUUCUAAGCUCAUGGACCUACUGACGGACAGCCGGGAGGUCAUUCGCAACGACGUUCUUCUACUCCUCAUCGAGCUCACCAAGGGAAACUCAAAUAUACAGAAAAUUGUGGCCUUCGAAAAUGCCUUCGACCGUUUGUUCGACAUUAUCCGUGAGGAGGGCUGCUCUGAUGGCGGGAUUGUUGUGGAGGACUGUCUCAUCCUGCUGCUGAACCUGCUUAAGAACAACUCGAGCAACCAGCAGUUCUUCAAGGAAGGCAGCUACAUCCAGCGGCUGGCCCCCAUGUUCGUCUUGGCUGAGGAAGUCGAAGAGGCCGGCUGGUCCCCGCAGAAGAUGUCAAACUUCCACUGCCUACUCCAAGUGGUGCGCGCCCUGGUCACACCCAGCAACCAGCAUCAAGUUGUCACCGCCUGCCAGCGCGUCAUGCAGAAGUCCCAGCUGCUAAAUGCUCUGUGCGAAAUCCUGAUGAGCAGCGGUGUGCCUGCGGACAUCCUCACAGAGACCAUCAACGCCGUCGCGGAAGUGAUCCGCGGCGAUCGCGAAAACCAGCACGAGCUCAGUCGUGUGAUGGCCCCCAGCAAUCCGCCCCGGCCAGUCAUCGUGGUUCUACUCAUGUCCAUGAUAAACGAGAAGCAGCUGCUGGCCCUGCGCUGUGCCGUGCUCUACUGCUUCGAGUGCUAUCUCUACAGGAACGCGGACGUUCAAAGGACUGUUGUGCAGACCUUGCUCCCAUCGAGUGCGACAGAUGUGAGCUCCUUAUCGACGGGCCAGUUGCUCUGCACCGGUCUCUUCUCCAGUGAUGCCCUGGCAAACUGGUUCUCUUCGGUGGCCAUCAUGCACACCCUUGUAGAGAACGUGGCACUGAAGGAGGAACUGCUUCGCGUCCUCCUGGCCCCGACUGGGGGACAGCGUCCCAACACUCUGCUCGAGAUGUGCACCAAUCUGAUGCAGCGAGAACGCACUCGCCUGCAGAGCAAAAUAGGACUGCUGAUGCUGCUCAGCGUCUGGCUAGCCCAUUGCCCUGGAGCGGUGAAAGCUCUGCUGGAGACGCAGGGCACCACGGUCUACCUGACCGCCCAGCUUUGCUCCAAUGAGCAUGACGAGCGUGAGUUUCUGUUUCAGGGAAUGUGCGCCUUCCUCAUGGGCCUCUGCAUCCAGUUCAACGACAACUCUCUACCCAAUCAGCGACGCGAGGACAUCAGCCAGCUGAUCAUCAAGCGUAUUGGCCAGGAGACGUUCUGCAACAAGCUGGGCGAGGUCUCGCGGCACGAGGCCUACAGCCGGGCCUGCAAGCAGGCCCAGAUUAGGGCCAAGUCUGCCGGCGAGCUCCUGCUCGAUUACGAGUACUGCAAACUCUACAAGGGACUGGAGGCGUUGAUUGCCAAGCUGGUGAGCGGCUUCGACGUAGAUGGCAUAGAGCUCACUGAGCUGACCCUUAGCUCGGAGGCCUCGGCUCUGGUGUCCCAGUACAAGGGCAUAAUCCGCGGCAUGGAUGCCCAGAUCCAGACUCUCCAGCAGUCCGCAAAGGAGCUGGGCCAAGAAAAUGCUGAACUGAAGGAAAAGCUGCGUGCGGAGCAGUCGCUCCGGGCUCAGAUCUCUGAUCAGAAUACCCUGCUAAAGGCUCAGCUGGGAGCAACAGGUCAGACUCCGGUCCAGAGCCAGGAGUCCUCUCUGGCCAGAGAGGAGGAGCUAAACGCGGCCCGAUAUCAGGCCAACAUGUACUUUGCUGAGAACAUUCGACUUAACAAGGAAAUUGAGAUCAUACGCCAGCAGCUCGCGACCGAAAAACAGCGUGCAGAUGCUACCCAAGAAUCGCUUCUGGCCACCCAAAAGGAUCAAGAGGAUCUCCUCGAGCUGCUGGCCGAUCAGGAGCUCAAAUUAGCAAGCUAUGAGCACAAAACAACGGCGCCGAAAUCAACUGAGAACCAGAGCCAGACACACGCCGAAACUGCAUCGGAGGAGGGGAUUCCAAGCGAGACUGCCAACAGAUAAACAUCACCCCGAUACUUAGAUAGAAGAAGAAUAUGAUGACCGGACUGUCGCUAACCUCAAUACACAUAAUCUGUAUACAUACAUUCUGUUUGUUUUUAUUUAUACACUUAUCAGCAUACAUACACCUAUAAAUACAUGCCCAGAUCGAAAUGGAAAACGAAA